AACUCCGAAGGAUGGGUCUGUGACAUCACAGCUGCAAAGACCAAUGAGAAUCAAGCCACAUUCUCUCCUGUCCUCUUCCCAACUCCCAUGGAUGCUAGUAGGAAACCAGACACAAAAGUCUUGGAGUACCAUUGAUGCCACUGCACAAGAAGACAUGUUUGGCAUUGCAUCCGUAGAACCUGGCCUUUCUUCGUAUGGGUGCCUGCAUCCCCAAGCCCAUCCCUCCAGCACCCCUGAGUGUCAGCAACUUACUCUCAGCGAAGGAGAGCUUGGAGAUAGCCAACCGGGGAUCUGACACCAUGCUGACAGCUUGCUUAGACCACGCCCUGCUAGAGUUCCCCCGUGAGCCGCGCUGCCUCCAGGACAAUGCCACCUUGACCGUCCAGGUGAGAGGGAGGAAAAGGAUGGAGUUUGUCUCCGGCGGAGGUGAGAACAAGAUAGUCAUCUCUUGGUCAAAGAAGAAAACCCGCUAUAACAUUGAGGUCUCCAGCCUGGAGGUGUACCUGGACCGGCUGUCCCUCUGCCCAGCUCCACUGACCUCUGAGAAUUUGGAGAAGGUGAGGCAGGAGCUCCUUAAGUGGGGGGAUGUCACAAAGGACCUGCGGGCCUGCCUUGAUCUAGCCAUAACAGAGAUUGAGAAGGAGCCACCUUCAGUGAAGAGCAAUGCUGAGUUGACCAUUGAAUGUGAAGGCUCCUGCUUGGAUUUCAUUUCUGGGAAGGGCAAGUCCCGCAUCCACAUCCUUUUCUCCAAUAGACAACCUCGGUACCGGGUUCGAGUUACUUGCAUGGACAUCUACGUAGACAGGUUGAACAGCCGCGCGGUGCCCCUCACCUCUGAGAACUUGCUUAAAGUGUGGAAGGAGACAGAAGGCCUGAAAGGAUGUACGGUGGACCUUCGGGCCUGCCUCAAGCGAGCCUUGCAGGAGUUUAAUGCUUUGACUCCACGACACCGGGCCAAUGCCACCAUCUUCAUUGACUGCGAUGGAAAGAACUUCAAGAUGGUGUCCGGGCACGGAGACAGCUGGAUCUCUGUUUUCAAUGUUGUCGGAGAUCAACAUUGCCGAAGAGAAGUGGUUCUGGCGCUGGCGGAUUCCGGGUCGUCCGGCAGGGUAACAGGCCCGACCUCUGCGAAACAAGGGAAAGAAGGACCAUCAGUUUGGAUGAGGAAACUGGAAGGGAGGAGAGGGGCAGAGGAGGGCCCGUCCAAUCAGGCAAGGAGAACUUUCAAAGUGCUGUCCAAUGGGAAGAGAUCUAAGAGAGGAGGGCCGCCCAAUGUGAUCGCAUUAGAAGAAUUUGCCUCUAGUACUUGGAAAUGGGAGGAAGAAACAACAUCAUCGUUUGCAGGGAGGACUUUUUCCCGUGAGAAGAGGGCAGAUAUGGGGCUGUCCAAAAGUUCCAGGGCACCAGGAAGGGAAUGUUCCCUUAAGUCAAAAGCAUUAUCGACCAGUGGGAAAAGGAAACGGUCUGAUGUGAGGGAUGGAAAAGAAGGAGAACAUGCUGGGUGGCAGAGCUUUCCCAGCGGAACAGCAACAGAGGAAGUGUUGAUCCAUGGACACAAGGAGGAGGCUGGGAAAGAAAUGGAGCCAACAUCCAAUGGACCAAGUGAAGAUGAAGAUGAUGAUGAUGAAGAAGAGCCACCUGGUGUUCUAGAGGAGUCUUCCGACAGCAGACAGGCAGAUGAUGGUCCAGAAAGGUGACUCAUCUGGAGGACUGGUGAACAUGAUGGAUCCAUCCAAGGUCAGUUCUUGGACUGGGACUGAGAUGGAUGCUUUCCAGGAGCAGGACAUUGUUUCUGGAUCAGGAAGCCGGGGGCUGGUCCACCAAAUGAAUUGUGCAAGAGUGAUACCAAAAAUAAAUGAUCUAUGGACCUGA